CCAUUUCCGGCACAAACAGACAGCCAGAGCGAGGAAAGCAUGAGAGGUCAAAAGUUAUGGUCCUGAUUUUUAUCAAAAACAGAACGUAACACAGAGACAUGGCCGGGUCCAUGGUGGCAGUGGGGCUGGCUCUGGCAGCAGCUGGAUUUGCAGGACGCUAUGCCAUGCAGGCCAUGAAGCAGAUGGAGCCGCAGAUGAAACAGGCCCUUCAGAGCUUCCCCAAGACGGCUUUUGGAGGAGGGUACUAUCGAGGUGGAUUUGAACCAAAGAUGAACAAGAGAGAAGCCUCCCUGGUUUUAGGUGUCAGUCCCACAGCCAACAAGAAUAAGAUCAGAGAAGCCCACAGGAAACUGAUGAUCCUGAACCAUCCAGAUAGAGGUGGUUCUCCCUACCUAGCAGCGAAGAUAAAUGAAGCAAAGGAUUUGUUGGAUAGCCAGACAAAGAAAUAGAAGUGAAAACACUGGUGAUGACACAAGUGAUAUCGCACUGAUCUUAUCCAUGCUGACUGACUUGAUUGAUUACCAAUCUUUUCUAACUGAUUUUUCUCCAAUAAAAUCACUCUGUACAAAUUGUCAAUGGAACUCUCCUUUGUAGUUUAGAUUUACUUUGUGGACAUCUGAGGUGGUUUGUCCACAAGACAGGAACUUUAAAUGAUAAAUUAACAUUUCUAAUAGCAGCCUUUGGUUUAACAGUCUCCUGUGUAUCAGUGUAAUGGUGAGGGGUUUGUGCU